AUGAACAAGAUGUCGCGAAGCAGUGGAAGCUUCUUCGGCAGUGGACGAAGCUUCUACUUCGUUUUUCUGCGGCUGCCGUUGCUCGCCUUUAUCGGGGUGACACCCGUAACAGCGUUUUGCAGCGGAGUAACCGAUGAAUUUGGCUACAUUCGCGUCGACAACGGUGACGACUUCAUUCUUUAUGGAUACAGUGGCGAAGCCGGAAGAGACCACGGGCGUGGUCACGUCCAGUUGAAAAGCAGAGAGCAUUGCGUGACGAAGGACUCUUGGGCGACCGGUCGGAUAAGAUCCAAGCGUCCCCUCUCGAAUUGGAGAAGCGAAACCCGAUCGACGGGGUACCGCUCAACAAUGACCACGUUUUAUUGUUACAUGGAUUCUAGCGUACCUGCGGCAGAAUAUGUCAGAGAUUGCACCGCGGAAGAAUUGAGUGAAGCCAAGGAGAGGAUAGAGAAUGCGAAACGGCUAGCGCGGCUUGACACCAUCUACUUGUGGUGCUUCCUUCUUGGGCUUCUCGCGUUCGUGAUUGGCACCGUUUGGAUCGUUCACUGUUGUUCCCAAAGGAACGGAAAAUGUGGGGGAAGCAAAGACAAGGGGGCGUACGACUUGUCUACGGUGUCGUCUGAUGAAGAGCAUGACCUUGAGCAAGGCGAGUACGAACAGAACGUGGACGCUGAACAUCAAAGAGAAAAUGACGAGAUCAGCAGUAGAAGAACUGUAUGA